ACGCUGAUCUCUUUUAGCUGGGCUGGCAGGUGGAGGAUUUCCAAAGCUGCCAAUAUGUGUUUUGGGAGCUGUGCUAGGUGUGUUGGUUAUAAACUGCUCGUCCUUGCCCUCCUCUGCAUCGUGGCAAACACUUUACUGUAUUUUCCCAAUGGAGAAACGAGAUUUGCUUCAGAGCAUCACCUCAGCAAAUACGUGGAAUGCCUUCAUGGCAUUGUAGGUGGAGGCAUUCUGGUCCUCAUUCCAGCUGCAGUGCUCAUCGGGAUUCACAAUGACAACGGCGGCUGCCUCGGGGACCAGGGCAGCGGGAAGGGCUGUGCGAUGCUGGCCUCUGCUCUGGCAGCCUUUGUGGGAAUUCUUGGCUCUGGAUACUGUAUAAUCAUCUCGGCACUGGGAUUGUCUCAAGGACCCUACUGUUUUACCCGCCCCGAGAGAAACUGGAUUUACCCUUUCACAGACUCCUCUGGAGGRUACUUGUUUGAGUACAACAAGUGGUCUGAAUGCCAAGAACCCCAAAACAUUGUCCAGUGGAACGUCACCCUCUUUUCCAUCCUCCUUGUUUUGGGAGGGAUAGAAUUCAUYCUGUGCUUCAUCCAGAUAAUCCGUGGCAUUCUUGGAGGAGUGUGUGGAUUGUGCUGCAGUCACGAGGAGACGUAUGUUUGCUAGAAACUUGACCAUGCAUUGACAUCUGUGCCUGACCGUGCUGAAAUGAGUAUUCUGCGGAUUUUUUUAAAACAUUCCACGCCUACUGAAAUAUAAAUUGUUGUCCAGGUGUGCUGUUGCCAUUAAUUUAACUGACUUGGGGCCAGCCUUUUUUGUAAGAGUCAUGUUCAGGUUUCCCAGUAACCUGCUUGAAUCCAAAGGGUAAAAAAUGUAUCUUGAAUUUCUCCUGUUCAUUUAAUCUCGGUACAGGAAACUGCCUGAACACGUCACUAAAACGUUUUUAUUUAUUUUUCUCUUUCUACUGAGACAACAGCGCUGUACUUUGUCCUGCUUUCCCAAUAAAGUWGCUCUUUCAUUCUGAUAUUGGAAUGAACACAAACUUAAUCUAGUCUGGCCUGGAUAAAAAUGAAUUCAAGGUUUUGGUCAGCUGGACCAAAACCAAAGCAACAGUAAAAUGUGGAUGAUUGAGGGCUUCUCAGCAUCUUUCUGACCUUCCCCUGUAUUUCACAAAUAAUAAAGAUUUGUAUUAAAAUKA